AUGCUCAAACCACCGUGCGCCCCUCCCACGGCCGCGGGCUGGGCGGCGAGGCGGUGGCGCUCGCAGGAGGGCGGGGAGCGGCGGUCCUCCGCACCCUUCCUCCUCCUCGCCCACGGCUCCUCCCCUGCUCCGAGCGGAGUUCGGCCGCGGUCCCCUGGCAGUGCCGUGGGCGGACUCGACCGCGGCCCCUCGCGCGCAGCGCGGGCGGAGCUCGGCAGCGCCGCGAGCGGAGCUCGGUCGCGGUCCCCUGCCGGCGCCGCGGGCGGACUCGGCCGCGGCUCCUUCCCCUGCUCUUCCUUCCCUCCCCGGCUCCUCUGCCACCCGGCCCGCCCCCACGGCUCCUCACGCGGCGGCGUGGCGGAGGCCUGCGCACGGUUGCUCGGCGGAGGCCCGUACGCUGGCGGCGCCGGCGGAUGCUCCGAGCUCGCAUGGUGGGGAACGGGUCACGGCGGCGGGUUUGGUCUGUUCGAGGACGAGCACCACCGCUGGUUCGCCUGCACGCCGCCGCGGACCACGCCUGCGGCCGUGGGCAAGGAGGAGGAAGGGCGCGGAGGACCGCCGCGGACCACGGAGCCGCCAUGA